AUGCUUCUAGAUAUCGAUGAAUGCAGCAAUGGAAGCCAUGAUUGUGACGUGAAUGCGAAUUGUACCAACACUAAUGGCUCCCAUAGCUGCACCUGUAAGGAAGGAUACACUGGAAAAGGAGAGUCAUGCCAAGGUAAAAUUAAAUUAGACAUAGAAAAAAAGCAGAAUAACCGUUCAUCACAAGUAAUUGCCUUGUUAUCCAACAAACUGGCCAACAUAUUUUUUUUCUAUUCAGUUGCCCUUUGCAAAUCUAUUGUAAUCAUAGGUAUUGAUGAAUACAACGAUGAUAGUUAAGUUUUUUAUGCGAAUGCAAACUGUACCAACACUAAUGGUUCUCAUAAUUACACCUGUAAGGAAGGAUACAUUGGAGAUAGACAGUCUUGCCAAUGUAGAUUAGAACUGCUAUACUUCAUGUUGAGCAAAGCAGCUUUCCAUGAUGAAUAAUGUCUUCGUAACUGGGCUCAUGAUCAAGAGGCAGCUUAAAGAUUUUCACGCCCCGACCUGGUAUUUCUAUUAAGUUACGGGCUUCACCAUAUGUAUAUCAUAUCAUAUCAUAUGUAUGCAUACACAUUUUUAGUUGGUUUAAAAUAUAAUACGCGCGAAUAUUUUACGAGUUGCUUAGUAUUUUUCCCAGCCCAGGAGGAUCGAAGAUAAAUGAGAACGGUGAACAAUGUCUCUUCUCCUUUUAUAUUAUAAAACAUCGAAUGAGGGUUCAUCAUUUCACUAUUACCUGGAAUAUUUUUCUCGAAUAUGCGGCCACGCUCGGAUAACUACCCCUACCCCCCUCCACCCCUCUCCUCCCUCACUCUUUAAAUAGUAUAGAUACAAGGAAAAUCUGUUUUUACUACCACACUUUUUUAUAACUUUUCAACAACAGCGCAAUCAGUACAGCAAAACAAUUUUGUUUUCCAUUCCAGAUUUUUCUAUGUUCAUAUGCUUGCAGAGUUCCUUUAUGUAUUAUCUAUUCUUUUGAUUUUUGUCCUAUUGCUGAGAUAACUGAAGAAGCGCCCCUCUCGACUAAUCGACAAAGCGCCCACCCUACAAAUAAGUGCCCCCUCCCCCUCUCCCUCAAAGUUUUUGUCGAAACUUUCAAUAAGCGCCCAAGCACAUAUUGAAAAUGUCUAUCAUUUCAAUUAUUGAAGUACACAUAAUAUCGGCUGAGGAACUAAACGUGUAUAUUGCGGAGUUUAUUCACUGUUUUCAACUUAAAGGCAGAGACGAUUAUGAACACUCAGGCUUAACAUGCCUGGCUUCAAGUAUCGAGAGGUAUUUAGAUAUUUUUUGCCAGCUGAUAGUAUGUUGCAUUAUUUCUAUCGAGAAAGGACGUUUGAAUGGUUUAAAUCUUUCAUGAUCGAUUUAUAAACCAUUGUCUGUUUGACAGUUAAAUGUUAUAAAGGAGGAAUUUACUCUCCUUACGCACAUGUAAACUUUAUAAUAAACCUCAUACAUCACGUAAAGACUGUCCUUACGGUACAUAAACAAUCGUUGCUGUAUAUAAAAAAAUCUUACUCGUUUCUUGCGCUCACUGCCUCGAUUUCCAAUACUACGAGUUCGUGCGUAAAUACCACAUAGACAGAUUUUCUAUGAAGUAUUACAUAUCUAUAUUAUUUGUAAUACUAGAUAUUGAUGAGUGCCUCAAUAGAAGCCAUGCUUGUGACGUGACUGCGAAUUGUACCAACACUGACGGCUCCCACAUCUGCACCUGUAAGGAAGGAUACACUGGGGACGGACACUCAUGCCAAGGUAUAAUCAUUACAUAAGACUUUGCAAAUACCAGAACGAAGUUUCCCACAAAUAAAACAAAACUCUUUCUUUAAAAACUCAGAAAUUUGAUGUUUGUCUCUGUCAAGUAACGUUUCGGCAAUUCCUUUUUGUUCUCAGAUAUCAAUGAGUGUAGCGAUGGCAACCAUCUUUGCCAUGUCAAUUCGAAUUGUAACAACACAGAUGGUUCUCACAUUUGUACUUGCAAGGAAGGAUACACUGGAGACGGACAGUCAUGUCAAGGUGAAUAAGAGUUGCCUACACUAAUUAAAACAAGCAGCUUUGCACAUAAACUAUCGCCCAUGGGAAUUAGCACACACUUUAGAGGCCUGUUUUCACGCACCACUGUCAUAUUGCUAUGGCGUUACCUCUUAUACAUCACUUAUGCUUCUAGAUAUCGAUGAAUGCAGCAAUGGAAGCCAUGAUUGUGACGUGAAUGCGAAUUGUACCAACACUAAUGGCUCCCAUAGCUGUACCUGUAAGGAAGGAUACACUGGAAAAGGAGAGUCAUGCCAAGGUAAAAUUAAAUUAGACUUAGAAAAAGCAGAAUAA